AUGCCACCCAUUCCUUUAGAUUUUACUGACAUAACACCAACGAGGAAGUUAAGGACAAGGUUGAAUUUGGGACAACCUCCGACAUAUGAAUUUAAACAAUCGGUAUCUCUAAAAGUACAAGAUGUCAACAUACUUCAAAACGAGGCAAACGGAAACGGAAAUGAUGUGAAGAAAUCAGUUAAGCGACUUUCGGAACUUUCCGACUUGACACCUACAGCCAAGAGGAGACGGUUUCAACAUUUCAACUUUACGCCAGAAUUGAACGCAAAAUCAGAAAUGGUACCUCUGAGUCCACUGUCAAACAUAAUUCAAGCUGUUGAUAAACUGUCUACAGAAUCUGACCUCGUUGCGGACGGAUCACGUGUCAAUAUUCUACCCACAAUUCCAGGAAAGCACAGCGAUCUUAGCACCAUCUCACCGGAAACGAUGUCUGACGUUCUUGACGGAGUCUAUGACAACUGUGCGGACAAAGUGACCAUAAUUGAUUGCAGAUAUCCAUACGAAUAUGAAGGCGGACAUAUUAAGGGAGCUAUCAAUCUCUACACAAAAGAUGCAGUCCAGAGGUUUCUCAGCGAAACAGCGACGUCACCGGCCACUAAUCACGUGCUCAUCUUCCACUGCGAAUUUUCAUCAGAAAGAGGCCCCAAAAUGUACCGCUUUCUGAGAUCUCUGGAUCGUGAAAUGAACAAAGAUAACUACCCCCGCCUCAAUUUCCCCGAGAUCUAUCUCCUAGAAGGGGGAUAUAAAGCGUUCUUCUACACGUACAAAGAGAAAUGUUUUCCUCAAACCUACAAACAGAUGCUGCAUAGCGAACAUAAAGAUGAUCUACGUCACUUCCGGGUGAAAUCCAAAUCAUGGUCAGCAGGCGACAAACCUCGCCGAGCAUCACUUACUGGCAUUGGAAUGAGACUAAAAUUUUGA